AUUUGCCCCCGCUAAUCUGGAUUUGGCGCUUAAUUGCGCAUCCCGCAUGGUCUGCUGCUGACAUCACUGCUGGUCGCGCUCAUUGACGCAGCUACGCGUCAACAAUCCAUCGCAUUCACAUUGCACACUGCAUAUCGCAACAUGGCAGACCCCCAGGCUCUCAGACAGCUUAAGAUCAAGACCGGCGUCGUCAAGCGCCUCCACAAGGAGGAGGGCAUCUACGCCGACGAAGUCACCGUCGCCCAGGCCAACCUCGAGAAGCUCAAGGCAAGCGGUGCGGACGGCGCGGACAUUCGUCAGGCUGAACGUAUUGUCGCCGACUCGCAGCAGAUGAUUCCCCGCACGCGCAAGCAGCUCGAGGAGGCGCUGGUUGCGCUUCAGGACCUCAUCGCCGCUCUCGAGGAGGACAAGGCGGUCGCCGGAUCCCAGGAGUAUCAGGAGGCAGUCGCCGCCGCCGAGGCGGUCCAGGCGGCCAAAUAGACAACUCCGCAUUAGGCAGCCCAGUAGAUGUGAUUAGAUUUAUAGCAAGUACGAUAUGACAAG